ACAGUGCACAUGCGCAUUGGCGGUUGUGUAGCUAGUCACAUUUGCCGGCCUGAAUUUUUUCCGUUUGCUUAUAUAAAUUUAAGUUUGCAGCUAAGUUUAUUCUCUUCUCCUCAUUUAAACAAAGAGAGCAGGCAAUGAAUAAGUUUGACCAUUUAAAAGAUGAUGAUAGUGGUGAUCAUGAUGACCCUACUCCACAAAAAGAGACGGAGAAAUGUGAGAAGGAGAAUAACGCCAAGAGAAAGACAGUAACACCAGGAGUUGGAGAACAUCCUCUACAGUACAAUUACACCUUCUGGUAUUCCCGCCGCACUCCUAGUCGGCCUGCCAACACUCAGAGCUAUGAGCAGAACAUCAAACAAAUUGGCACUGUUGCAUCUGUGGAACAGUUUUGGAAGUUUUAUAGCCACUUGGUCAGACCAGGAGACCUGACUGGACAUAGUGACUUUCAUUUGUUUAAAGAAGGAAUUAAACCCAUGUGGGAGGAUGAAGCAAACAAAAAUGGAGGCAAGUGGAUUAUUAGAUUGCGUAAAGGCCUAGCAUCUCGUUUCUGGGAGAAUAUUAUUCUGGCUAUGCUUGGUGAGCAGUUCAUGGUGGGAGAAGAGAUUUGUGGAGUUGUGGUUUCCAUAAGGUUUCAAGAGGACAUCUUGUCAAUUUGGAAUAAGACCGCAAAUGAUCAGGUGACCACAUCUAGAAUAAGGGACACAUUGCGACGAGUUUUAAACUUGCCCCCCAAUACUAUUAUGGAAUACAAGACACACAAUGACAGUUUGAAAGCUCUUUUUGUAUCUGUCUGCAGGGACAAUUCCAGUUUCCGGAACACGAAGAUUUCACUGUGAGAUGGGAAAUACUCUGACCAAUUAUUCCUCUCUGCAUUCAGGGAUUUUUUUAACAUGCAGAAAUUUUCAACUUGGCAGAAAUACAUUGAAAAAGUCGGCUCCAGUCAUCUGCAAGUGCUUCCGUGGUCAAGCCUUAUAUGAACUUGUCUGCUCUGCAUUGUUUUGGGGUUGGUGGGUGGGUGAGAGAAGAUUUUUAUUUACACGAUGAAACAGAUCAGGAAAGCAAUCAUCUUUCUUUUUAAGUGUCUUUGUGUUCCUGAAAUUGGGAAUUUCUUGACUUCUUUAUGUUCUACAUUGUCUUUUUAAAGACUAAGACUAGGGGUUAAUUGAUGUGCUGAUUUGAUGUUUCAGUGCAGGGGUGGUAUUUGUUAGCUUUUUUGGGGCAGACCUCUGAGAGGAGCACCUUGCACCAUAAAAGGUAACCAUGGAAAAAAAAAUAUGUUCUAAAGGCUUAGAGCACCAAACUUACAUGACCAACAUAGAAUCAUUGUAUCGUAAAGGCUUAUUAAAUCAGGAUGUGAGUGUAAAAAAUAAACAUGAAUAAAUCAUUGUACUGUAUCUGAUAUCUUUGAGAAGGUGGCAUUUGAGUGGUGGACCACUAAUUUCUAUAUCUUAAACAUUUACACUCCAAGAGCGUAAAUAACCACAAUGAAGUUGUAAUUUGACUUCUUGGACCCUAGUAAUGUUAAGUGUGGUCUUAAGAGAAUUCCUUUAUUGAUUAGAGCUGAAGCCAUAUAUGAAUGUAUGUGUUAAACUGGAUUGAAAAGACUGUGCUGCUUAGGCAGUAAAGGGGCAUGCCUCACAGAUGGCUGAAGAAAAGUGCUAUGCUAGUGCUUGAAUCAGCUAUGUUUUUGUUUAAGGAUUUGUUAACAUACUGAUUAUGGCUGAAUUUCUAAAUGUUAAUUUAUAUGUCUAUUAUGAUUAUUUUGUUAUUCUUCACUUCUGCGUACUUUGUCAGCUUUUGCAUUUUUUUUUUCCCCGAAACUGUUAUUUUGCAUAUUAUGAGGUCACUGCAGUAGUCUUGAGAGGCAGACAUUGCUUCUUGUAUGUGGGAUAGCUUUGUAAUAGUGACCUUUUAUUUGCACAUUUCAGUCUCAUUAUGAAAGUAUUUAGCAUUCUUGUAGAGUAAUACAAAUCAAGGUGGGUUGUCUCUUGCUCUAUUUCUGAGUAAGUUUACAAUAUCAAUUUUUUUUUAACUUUUUAUUUAUAUCUGUAUACAUGUUCACCACUUUCUCUCACUGUCCUUCUAAAAAUGCACAGGAGACAGUUUGUUU